AUGACAACUCUUUGGGACGAAGAAUUUAAGUGGAAAGUUGGUGUAGUAAAAAUGGAAAAAAAGACAGAGUGUGAUAAUGAAUCCAGCUCAUACUCAACUUCAAAAGCAAGUUCUGUUACAAGUGAUACCUCAAGCAAUGUUACUGUCAAAUUUCCUGAAAAGUCUGAAAGUUAUGGACAAGUUAGAAAAGUACCAUGUCCAAUGGUGGAAUCAGG